AUGACAUCCGCUGUUCAUGAGAUUUAUAAGUCUAUUGAACCAUACGUAAACAAUUGGUGGUUUAUUUGCCUUGGAUCGUACAUUUUGUUCGUGAUUUUAACAUGGUUCAACAGACGUAUUUUGAUGAAAAGGCUUGGUGCAAAACCAAUGCAGUUCACGGCACCAUAUCCAAUGUUUGGUAUCCCAUUAGUGUUUGAUCUUUUGAAAGCUAAAAGAGAAGGGACUAUGGUAAAUAUUACAAAAGAAAGAUACGAGGAAUUCGGAGUUGACACAUUCGACUUUAGAUUAGCAGGGACACAUGUAACAGUAACCCGGGAUCCGGAGAAUAUUAAGGCAAUUUUGGCUACUCAGUUUAACGAUUUUGUCUUAGGCAAAAGACAUGUCCAAUUUAAACCUUUAUUGGGGGAUGGUAUUUUCACAUUGGAUGGAGCAGGGUGGAAACAUUCACGGGCGAUGUUGAGACCACAGUUUGCUCGGGAACAAGUAGCCCAUGUAAAGUCAUUGGAACCACAUUUACAAACUCUUGCAAAACACAUCUUGAAUACUAAGGGACAAAGGUUUGAUAUCCAGCCAUUAUUUUUCAGGUUAACUAUUGAUAGCGCUACAGAAUUUUUAUUUGGCGAGUCGGUUGAGAGCUUACACGAUGAAAGUGUCGGAUUUACUAAAGAUCCUGUUGAUUUUGAUGGUAAAUCUGGAUUUGCUGAUGCAUUCAAUGAUUCACAAACAUGGUUAGCUUCCAGGGCGGUAAGCCAAAAUUUUUAUUUCCUCUUGAAUGGGAAAAGCUUUAAGGAUUCUAAUGCCAGAGUGCAUAAAUUCGCUGAUUACUAUGUAGAGAAAGCAUUAAAUGCUUCUCCAGAAGAUUUAGAAAAGACGUCAAGAGAUGGAUAUAUUUUCUUAUAUGAAUUGGUUAAACAAACCAGAGACCCUAUUGUUUUGAGGGAUCAACUAUUGAACAUAUUAUUAGCAGGCAGAGAUACUACUGCUGGGUUAUUAUCAUUCACAUUUUUCGAGUUAGCACGAAGCCCAGCCAUUUUCGACAGAUUGAAGGAGGAAAUAUAUGAGAAGUUUGGAGAUGGAGAAAAUGCCAGAAUUGAAGAAAUAACUUUUGAAUCCUUGAAGAAAUGUGAAUUCUUGAAGUGUGUUUUGAAUGAGAUUUUGCGAAUGUAUCCAUCUGUUCCGCAAAAUUUCAGGUUUGCAAUUAAGAAUACUACUUUACCUAAAGGGGGAGGACCAGAUGGGCAGUCACCAAUUUUCAUUCCAAAGGGGGAGAGUGUCCUAUACGCUGUAUAUGCUACGCAUAGAAAUCCAAAAUAUUAUGGAAAGGAUGCAGAUGAGUUCAGACCUUCGAGAUGGUUAGAGCCAGAGAUGAGAAAAGUGGGGUGGGCAUUCUUGCCAUUUAACGGGGGUCCAAGAAUAUGCUUAGGCCAACAAUUUGCUUUAACCGAGGCCUCCUAUGUUGUUGUACGAUUAAUACAGAUGUUCCCUAACUUGAGCAGUUUCUGUGAAGAAUAUCCUCCAAGAAAGAGUUCGCAUUUAACUAUGUGCCAUCAGGAUGGUGUAUUUAUUGGAAUGUCAUAA